AGCCGAUGAAAAUUAAAUUGGGCUAAAUUCAAAAUUGAAUAAUGAAUAUUUUGUUGAAGUAGCUCGUCCCCAAUUUUUUUAUUACGAUUAACUGUCCUUGUACACUUUCAUAUUUACUAUAAAAAUUAUUUCAUAGGUAGCUCAAAUACGUUCUUUGCUACAGCAGGUUGUUUACUUCACCCUACCUACAAAUGUUAGUGAUAGGUGAUUCGAACGAGAUAAGGAAUAUGAGACCAUCGUAUAUAUAUUACGGAUUGAACGCCAACUGCUAGGCAAAUAGCAAUUAGCGUUAUCCUCAUGUUUUAAUAUUAUCGUGUUAGAAGAUUCAGUUCGAGAAGAAAACUACAUACAAAGAUUUCUAGGGUUUAUUUUCUAGUUAUUAUUGUACUCCAUUGUAAGAAUGUCGACUGCAGAUCCGAGUAAGAAGAAAAAAAAGCCAGUGGCUCCGGUCAAAGACAAAAAAGGACCUGGAAAAAAAGCGAUCGCAGCUCUAAAAGAAGCAUUGCAACAACAAAAAGAAGAAGAGGACAAACUACGUAGAGAGGAAGAAGAGGAAGAAAGACGCAUAGAAGAGCUCGAAAAGCAAAAAGAAGAAAAGUUAAGGUUAGAACAAGAAAAGAAGGAAAAAAAGAAACAAAAGGAGAAAGAAAAAAAGGAAAGAUUGAAAGCCGAGGGUAAAUUUCUAACUCCUAAACAAAAGGCAGACAGAGCACGUGCUCAGUUGCUUUUAGAAACAUUUAAAGCUCAGAGUGAAGCAUUAAGAGCUCCGCCAAAGGUAGAAAAAGUUGAAAACGACGGCGACUCUGAAGGGUCUGACGAAGAGAAUAAUGAAAAUUCAAAAAACGUUGACAACAUUUUGAAAAAUGAUAAACAGGUUAACAAUGAAAAUGGGGAAACAAGUAAUGAAGAAGAAUCAGAUUUAAGAGCUGCAGUUGUAUGUGUUUUAGGUCAUGUAGAUACUGGUAAAACUAAAAUAUUAGACAAGCUGCGAAGAACUAAUGUACAAGAUGGAGAAGCUGGUGGCAUUACUCAACAAAUAGGUGCUACUAAUGUGCCACUUCACGCCAUAAAAGAACAAACAAAAGUCGUCAAUAAUUAUGCGAGUAGAAAAUUUUUAAUUCCCGGUUUAUUAAUUAUUGAUACACCUGGACACGAAUCGUUUAGUAAUCUUCGUAAUAGAGGCUCAUCAUUAUGUGAUAUCGCUAUUUUAGUUGUUGAUAUUAUGCACGGCUUAGAACCACAAACAAUUGAAUCUAUUAACAUUUUAAAGACUAAGAAAACUCCAUUUAUAGUAGCAUUGAAUAAAAUUGAUCGUUUGUACGAUUGGCAGACCAACCCUCGCAAAGAUGUAAGGGACGUAUUGACUUCUCAACAUCCCAACACUCAAAAUGAGUUUAAGACACGAUCGCAGAACGUCAUUGUACAGUUUGCCGAACAGGGCCUUAAUGCCGCAUUGUUCUAUGAAAAUCCCGAUCCAAAGUCCUAUGUAUCAUUAGUGCCAACGUCAGCAAUUACCGGUGAAGGAAUGGGUAACUUAUUAGAUCUUAUUGUCGAAAAUUGUCAGACUCAUUUGUAUAAAAGACUGGUGUUUAGUGAACAACUACAAGCCACUGUGUUGGAAGUAAAAGCAAUUACAGGAUUAGGAACUACUAUUGACACUAUUUUAGUCAACGGUUACCUUAAAGAAGGACAGACUAUAGUUGUGGCGGGCACUGAUGGGCCAGUUGUGACACAAAUAAGAUCCUUGUUAAUGCCUCAACCGUUAAAAGAACUGAGAGUGAAAAAUGCAUACGUAGAGUAUAGAGAAAUAAAAGCUGCGCAAGGGGUGAAAAUCGCUGCUAAAGAUUUAGAAAAAGCUAUAGCAGGAUUGAACAUAUAUGUUGCUCAUAAACCAGAUGAAAUAGAACACCUCAAAGUAGAAGUUGCGAGAGAGUUGAAGUCUGCACUCAGUACAAUAAAAUUGCAAGAUAGAGGAGUGUACGUUCAAGCUUCAACUUUGGGCUCUUUAGAAGCUUUAUUGGACUUCUUGAGAUCUAGUAAAAUACCAUAUAGCAACAUAAGAAUUGGUCCGGUUGUUAAAAAAGAUGUUAUGAAAGCUUCGAUUAUGUUGGAACACUGUCCAUUGUAUGCAACUAUAUUAGCGUUUGACGUAAAAGUCGAGAAAGACGCUCAAGAAUUGGCGGAUUCUUUGAAUGUUAAAAUUUUUCAAGCCGACAUCAUAUACCAUUUGUUUGACAAAUUUACUGCCUAUCAAGAUGACUUGAAAAGAAAAAACCGUGACCAGUUCAAGUCCAUUGCAGUGUUUCCUUGUAAGCUCAAAGUCUUACCGCAGUUUGUGUUUAAUUCUCGAGAUCCAAUUGUUAUGGGCGUAAUGGUUGAAUCUGGUAUAGUUAAAGAAGGUACUCCUAUAUGUGUUCCAAGUAAGGAGUUUGUAGAGCUGGGUAUUGUGACCAGUAUAGAAAACAAUCACAAACCCGUUGAAACUGCCAGGAAGGGACAAGAAAUUUGUAUUAAAAUCGAACCGAUACCCGGAGAGGCACCAAAAAUGUUCGGUAGGCAUUUCGAUGAAACUGACUUGUUGGUUAGUAAGAUUACAAGACAGUCUAUUGAUGCUUGCAAGGACCAUUUCCGAGAUGACCUGCUCAAGACUGAUUGGCAAUUAAUGGUUGAGCUUAAAAAGUUAUUUGAAAUUUUAUGAUUCAAAUUGAUAAUGUUAAAUUUAAAAAAAAAUAUUAAUAUACUUAUAGAUAUUUUAUAUUG